AUGGAGGUCGCUGGUACAAGUCUGGCUAUAGUAGCCACGAUCGACCUUUGUCUGAAUAGAUAUGGACCACAAGUGGUGGCUCUAUGCCGCACCUAUCGAGACGCCGAUGUACAGUUCGCCGAACGAGUUCUCCAGGUCAGAAGCACCUGGAAGAAGACCAGCUUACAGCUGGUGUUUGUCAGGAAUAUAGCCCAAGAGCUCGACCCGGACCUACGAGAGAUCCAGGAAGAGACUCUAAGCAUUCUUGUCGGCAGACUUCGUCUCGCUUUGACCCGCCUCGAGGGGUUGAAGGUCGCUGAGAAUGGAGGCACUAGACGGAAGCUCAAGUUUGCCGUCGGGAAAAGCGGCCUUGAUAACAUCAUUCAAGAUCUUUCCGACUGGCAGGCUCGAUUCGACCCGUCCUGGUUACUCUUACUCAGAUUGGGGACUCCAAUCAUCGACGAUGAGCUUCGCAAGAAUGACCUAGGAUCGGAGGAGACGAGUAGCUUGACGCUGUUCCGGAAAUUGGCAGCGAACAAGCCGAUGGAAGGCAACGACAGACCGCAUGUCUCACUGCCGCCAUCCGGCCUGACAGGAGUUCGAAUGCAGAAGAUUGCUCAUUCAACCACGAGGUUCUUCCAGCAGCCCGAGACAGGGAAGUGGCUCAUCGCCGACAACGUGCCGUGUUAUUCAAAGCAGCACCAGCAGCUCGUCAGGAAGAACAUCCGAACUCUGGCUCAAAAGCUGUCAUGCGGUGAUCCAGACAGAUCGGGUCUGCUCCGCUGCCGCGGCUUCACACCCUCUUCGGAACAGAUUCUGGCUGGCCUUUCAUCAUUCGAAAUGCUGUUCUACGCCCCCCAGUAUUCCAUCAUGCCUCCAAAAAGUCUUCGCACAUCAUUGCAAGCCCCCUCCCGCCACAAUCUUACUCAGCGCAUUGCUCUGGCCAGACAGCUUGCCAGAGCUGUGAGUUACGUCCACGCCCUCGGCUUCGUCCACAAAAACGUGCGACCAGAGACCAUUGUCGGCUUUUCCCAGCCUGAUGGUACAGCUCGAAGAUUCUUCCUUGUCGGCUUCGAACAGCCCCGCUUAGCUGAUGGCCAGACCAUGAUCCGAGGAGACAAUGAAUGGCAUCGCAAUCUGUAUCGUCACCCGAGUCGACAAGGUCUGAGGCCGGAGGAGACCUUCGUCAUGCAGCACGACAUGUACAGCCUCGGAGUAUGUCUGCUCGAGAUCGGACUUUGGCAGUCGCUGGUGGUGUAUGACGAGUACGACGAAACUGCGAGGCCUAGCCUGUCGCUCGGCGUAUCUUCCUCGGAGCCGGACAAACAUCAGCCGUUGGCUGUGAAAGCUCGACUCGUGCAGCUGGUGGAAGAGAAGCUUCCAGGCUUGGUGGGAGAGGUGUACAGCGAUGUCGUGCUCAAUUGCCUGACUUGCUUGGAUGAGGACAAUGUAGACUUCGGAGACGAGGUCGAGUUUGUUGAUGAAGAUGGUGUUUUGGUCGGAGUGCGAUACAUCGAGAAGGUGCUGAUGAAGCUGGAUGAGAUUGUGGUCUGA